AUGUCUCUUACUGAUAAAUAUCAAUUUCAUCGACCGCAAAUACCAUUCAUCAUUCCUUCAAUCUCUUCGAGUGAUUUAAAUUUAACAGUACCAAAAAAAUUAUUAGAUAUGGAUUAUUCAUUAAAAAGACAAUCAUGGUUAGAAUUUAUUAAUGAAUCAAUGAUAGAUAAUACACAAAAUCCAUCGAUGAAUUUUAAAAUUGAAACAAAAGAGUCAACACAAAUAAAUGAUAUUCAUUACACAGUGGUUGAAUCCGAUUCAGAAUCACAACAUAAUAUAACUACAAAUUUUAAUCAUCCGACACAUUUUAAUCGAUCCAUUGAAAAUAUAAAUACAGCAAAUAAACAACAGCAACAACAAAAACGACUCACCAAUAGUAAGUAA